AUGGAUACCUUAACACCAACUCACGACCGCGGCCCCAUUCGUGUUGGGGUCUCGCAGGACAACUCUGUUGCCCGGGCCCGACUCGACAAGAAGAACUACGCCCUUGGACUCGUAUUGCUUCUGGUGGUUGUUUUUCUUUGGACCUCCUCAAACUUUGUAACCCAGGUAAGCUCUAGCAUGGACUCUCAUUUACCGUGCAGCGUCACAUACAUGAACACCAGUGCCUUCUCCUUUUAUCUUAUACCGUGGCUUGGGAAGUGUUGUAGGGGACAACUUCAUGCAUCCCUCAUUUCUCAUUGGGCUCAUUUUGAGCAGCUAGAUUCUGCUGACCAAAUACCAAUAUCGGAGGGUAACCUACCCGCCUUAACGGCCAAGGAAACGAGUCAUCUCGCCCUUGUUUUUUGUUUAUUAUGGUUCGUUGCAAACUGGACUGUCAACGCUUCUCUAGACUAUACCAGUGUCGCGAGCGCGACGGUGCUUUCCAGUACGAGUGGCUUCUUUACACUUGGAAUUGGUCGUUUGUUUCGAGUGGAAAAAUUGACAAUCAUCAAGGUGGCUGCCGUGUUUACCAGCUUUACCGGGGUCGUGUUAGUGUCAUUGUCCGAUUCCAAAUCUUCGCAACAACCUUCUGGUCCAGCUUCACGCUCCAGCUUACAUCAAGUGACCCAUCGCUUACCACAUCCUAUCCUGGGAGACACGCUUGCACUGAUAUCUGCGCUCUUCUACGCGUUAUAUGUCAUUUUACUCAAGGUCCGCAUCAAAUCCGAAUCCAGAGUUGAUAUGCAGCUCUUCUUUGGAUUUGUUGGACUGUUUAGCGUGGUGAUGUGUUGGCCCGUCGGUCUUGUCCUCCACCUGACCGGCGGAGAGACUUUUGAGCUACCGAGAGGUGGCAAGGUUUUGACUGGAGUUUUGAUCAACAUGGCGAUCACGCUUUCCAGCGAUUAUCUCUACGUUUUGGCAAUGUUGAAGACCACACCUCUCGUCGUUACGGUCGGCCUCAGCCUUACGAUACCUCUUGCGGUACUUGGGGAUUUUAUUCGUGGAAAAGAUACUCACGCCCAAGUGAUCUUUGGAGCGGCUUUAGUCUUAAUCAGUUUUAUUGCGCUGGGAUUGGGAAAUGGUAGUGAAACGGAGGACAAUCGUAGACUAGAGCAUGGCGCCGUAACUUAGAUGUUGUAUAUCUGUUAUUCCUGCGGGAGCAAGCCAA